GAGAUUGGUGAAAGUGUGAGAGGAGAAGAUGUGUAUAUCAUCCAGAGUGGCUGUGGAGAAAUAAAUGACAACUUAAUGGAACUGCUCAUCAUGAUCAAUGCUUGCAAGAUUGCAUCAUCCUCCAGAGUGACUGCUGUAAUUCCAUGUUUUCCAUAUGCCAGGCAAGAUAAGAAAGACAAGAAGGGGUCCGUGGAGCGUUGGAGUCGUGCUCCAAUCUCUGCAAAACUUGUUGCCAACAUGCUGUCAGUUGCAGGGGCCGACCAUAUCAUCACCAUGGACUUGCAUGCUUCUCAGAUCCAGGGUUUCUUUGACAUUCCAGUAGAUAACCUGUAUGCAGAACCUGCAGUGCUGCAGUGGAUUAAAGAGAACAUUUUGGAAUGGCGAAACUGUAUCAUAGUCUCACCUGACGCAGGUGGUGCAAAAAGGGUUACUUCAAUUGCUGACAGACUGAAUGUGGAAUUUGCUCUCAUUCACAAGGAAAGAAAGAAGGCAAAUGAAGUGGACAGAAUGGUCUUGGUUGGUGACGUGAAAGACAGAGUAGCAAUUCUUGUUGAUGAUAUGGCUGACACAUGUGGCACAAUAUGUCAUGCGGCAGACAAGUUAAUAUCUGCUGGAGCUACUAAAGUUUAUGCCAUUCUUACUCAUGGCAUCUUUUCUGGUCCUGCUAUUUCUCGGAUUAAUAAUGCAAAUUUCGAGGCUGUUGUCGUAACUAAUACAAUCCCCCAGGAAGAGAAAAUGAAACACUGCCCAAAAAUUCAGUUUAUUGACAUUUCCAUGAUCCUGGCUGAGGCAAUUCGAAGAACACACAAUGGUGAAUCUGUGUCUUACCUGUUCAGUCAUGUCCCCUUGUAACUGCAGGAAAUGAUGUUGCACCUUUGUAGAGGUCCCUUCAGUUGGCCCUGUUUUUAACAAUGCAUCUCAGCCACAAGAAAUUACUAUCUUUGUACAAUUCCAGAGCUUAUAUGUUUAAUUAUUAUAUUUGUCUUUUAAUUACUAUUUGUUCUUUGUAAAUGGGCAAUAAAUCUGUCUUGC